CAUUCUGACACUUAAUGUUUUGCUGAAAACUUCGCGGCGAUUUUCCCCUUGCACCAGCGUGGACUGAUGGAUUACCACCUGCUUGGAUUAAUUUUGUCUUUUCUCUUCAAUGGCACAAAGGUCUUAGCGGGUUACCCCAUUUGGUGGUCCCUUGCUCUCGGCCAGCAGUACAGCUCCCUGGGGUCCCAGCCCAUCCUCUGCGGCUCCAUCCCCGGCCUCGUCCCCAAACAGCUCCGCUUCUGCCGCAACUACAUCGAGAUCAUGCCCAGCGUGGCCGAGGGGGUGAAGCUGGGCAUCCAGGAGUGCCAGCACCAGUUCCGAGGGCGUCGCUGGAACUGCACCACCAUCGAUGACAGCCUGGCCAUCUUCGGGCCUGUCCUGGACAAAGCCACACGAGAGUCUGCGUUCGUCCACGCCAUCGCGUCAGCCGGCGUCGCCUUUGCCGUGACCCGCUCCUGCGCCGAGGGCACCUCCACCAUCUGUGGCUGCGACUCCCACCACAAAGGGCCUCCAGGAGAGGGCUGGAAAUGGGGUGGAUGCAGCGAGGAUGCUGACUUCGGGGUGUUGGUGUCCCGGGAAUUCGCAGAUGCUCGGGAGAAUCGUCCGGAUGCGCGCUCAGCCAUGAACAGACACAACAACGAGGCUGGGAGGACGACCAUUCUGGACCACAUGCACCUGAAGUGCAAGUGCCACGGGCUCUCGGGAAGCUGCGAAGUCAAGACUUGCUGGUGGGCACAGCCCGACUUUCGGGCGAUCGGCGAUUACCUGAAGGAUAAAUACGACAGCGCUUCCGAGAUGGUGGUGGAGAAGCACAGGGAAUCCCGGGGUUGGGUAGAAACCCUUCGGGCUAAGUAUGCUCUUUUCAAGCCGCCAACAGAGCGGGAUUUGGUUUACUAUGAGAACUCCCCGAAUUUUUGUGAGCCCAACCCAGAGACGGGCUCCUUCGGGACGAGGGACAGAACAUGCAAUGUCACCUCCCAUGGGAUCGAUGGCUGCGACCUGCUGUGCUGCGGUCGGGGCCACAACACCAGGACUGAAAAAAGGAAGGAGAAGUGCCACUGCAUCUUCCACUGGUGCUGCUACGUGAGCUGCCAGGAGUGCAUACGUGUCUACGACGUCCAUACCUGCAAGUAAAUGCUGUAGGUCUCCAGCUGCUGGGAGGCUGAUCCAGAGCAGGGCACGGGGCUCCCAGCCCCAGCACGGCAGCCUCACACCUAGAGGACAGCAUGAAGAUCCCUCGGCCCUACCAGAGCUCCUUGGCCACAUCCCUCCAAGUUUGGGGCUGUGUUAACGUGGUGUAUUGACCCUUCCUGGCAGGCUGCUCCACAGCAAGGACCACACAACAGAGCUCCAGUGCCAAUUAUCCCGUGCCAGUGGUUUGACACAAGUUGCAAAAAAACGUCUGAAACGUCGAAGCUGCAUUUUCUACUCAUUCAUUUCUUUGCCCGUGGGAAAGAGAAGCACGUUCUCCUGAAAGAGCAAUAAAGUGGGUGAAAGACCCCUCGUACACAGAGCACAACACUCAAACCUGCGUCUGGAGUGAACCAGACCAAAAUUCACAGUCCCUCUUCUGCAGAGCACAACAAACAGCUACCGGAUUUGAAAGCAUUUGUUUUCUAAAACAAAGACCACAGGAGAGCCCUACGAAACCCCCACGUCUCAGCAAUCAGCCAUCUGAUCUGCAUCCUAUUUAACGUAUAUAUGAAAACCGUGUCUGGAAAGAGUCCAAGUACCUGACUUUCAACACAAUUCCUUUUGUUCUUUUUUUGUUGUUGUUUCAUUGUUCUUUUUGUUUUUAAUCA